AUGCCGUUGGAGGCUUAUGACCACCGGCGCAGCGCUCGGACGCGGCGCGUGCAUGCGCUGUAUGAAAUUGCGCACACGGCAGUGGACUUUGCCGCCGCAAUGUCCUUCCUCGUUGGCUCCAUCCUCUUCCUGUGGAGCAAGUACCAGAUCCCGGGAGUCUGGCUGUUCAUCGUGGGGUCGUUCUUCUUCUGCGUCAAGCCCACCCUGCGCCUCUCGCGAGAAAUCCACCUCUGGCACAUUGGCAAGGUGGAGGCGCUGAGCCGACAAGCACCGGAAGAAGAAGCGCGUCAGCAGUUAUAA